CUGAUCGAGCCAGCCUGGCGUUAACCUAGUGCUUCAAAUGUCCAACAGAAAAAACGCUCAUAAGCAAGCAUAAAAUCGAAGAUCUUAGCUAUUCUGACACUGAUGAACUGAGAAAAAUUGUGACUAGUGAUCUUGACUGAGUGUUUGCCAUGCAGCCAAUCGGGGAUGCAGAGAUCGGAGUGUCAACAUUCUAUGCCUCUAGGUAUGCUAAUGACCAGUGUGGAGCGGAUGGCCUCCCGCUCACUCCUAGUUCCAUCAAGAUUCUUGGGCGGUUCCAAGCCCUGAAGGUCCUUCACCACCCAAGACUUUGUCAGUACCUGGAUGCUGUCAGGGGUAAACAUGAACGCUUGAUUAUUGUUGCUGAACAUUACAGCAAUAACCUAGGACUUGAAGCCAAGAAAGAAACUUUCAAGGAUCCAGGUCAAAUUCUUUCUGUUAUUCACGAGACGCUAGAAGGGCUGAGUUUUAUGCACAGUCACGGCCUAGUUCACCGAGGUCUCAGUCCAUCCAACAUAUUACUAAACCCACAGGGCCGGGUGAAGCUGGCAAAGUAUGGACUCUAUAACAUCACCAACUGUGGAGCUGAUGUACCCUUUCCCAUUGGCCAACCAAGAUACAUGGCACCAGAAGUGCUCGCCCCAGGCCCCAUCGUACCUACCAACGGAGACACGCCCACCACGCCCCUCCCAUCCAAGACCAACAUCUCCUCCGGUCCCAAGGGGGAUGUGUGGUCACUAGGAAUGGUCAUCCUAGAACUGUGCUUGGGUCAGACUCUCUGGCCAGUGGCCACCCUCCCACAGAUAUUGGCCAAGGUGAUGCUGCUGGGGAAACAUGGGGAACAGAAACACCCUCUGGACACCAUACUCGAUGAGCAUGGGGGGCGGCAGAUGCUUGAGAUGUAUCCAUCUGGUCUGCAGUCAUUUUUGAGAGCAUGCCUGUCAGCGUCUCCUCUAGAAAGACCCAGUACCGCCAAGCUGCUCGAGAGCGAUAUGCUGGUUGGUAUGAAGCCUUCUGAGCUUCUUCCGCCCAGCAGUCUGACCAUGUUCAGAUACCAGGGAUUGAGAUGCAAAGACCUUCAACUGGACACUGACCAGGAUGAUAGCCAGGAAGAGGAUGAGGACCACAUGGCCGAGAGACCAAUGAAAGAGGUUUACUAUCUGUGGACGCUAGCAGGAGGAGACUUGGAAGGAGAACUUAAGAAGAAAGGCUUGCUCAGAAGUCAGCCUCCGCUAUGCGCCCUCGCCAAUAUUGUAACGGAUGAUGGCGAUAUGCACGGCAAGGAGAGAGAUACAAGCUCUCUGAAUGAUGACACGGUAGUCAUAUUAUCCUUGGAGCAGCUGAAGAAAAGGCUAGAAAACAUAGAGGAAGAGGCCUACUAUCCUCUUCUUGGAGAGAAUCCAAAUGAAGGUCUGCCGACAUCUCAAAGCAGUUCUGAUCUCUCCCAAGUAGCUAGUCUUCCACUCGUGAUCAGAGAAAGAGAUAUAGAAUACCAGUUCCACCGUGUGGUGUUGUUUGACCGUCUGUUGAAGGGUUAUCCGUUCACGAUAGGGAGGAUAUGGAAGGAAGCAAGGACUGAUAUUCCUACCAUGUAUAGAGAUGAAACAUGGGCAGCUUUACUGGGGGUUGAGGGCGAUAUUCAAGCAAACUAUGAUGCCAUAGACAAGGAGACCCCUACAGCAAUGGAUAGGCAGAUAGAGGUAGAUAUACCAAGAUGUCAUCAGUACAAUGAGCUACUCUCAUCAGACGUGGCACAUAAUAAAUUCAAAAGGAUACUCAAGGCUUGGGUUGUUUCUCAUCCAGAACUCACAUAUUGGCAAGGAUUGGAUUCGCUCUGUGCUCCUUUCCUCUACCUCAAUUUCAACAAUGAAGCAUUAGCCUAUGCUUGCCUGAAGGCCUUCAUCCCCAAAUAUCUCUACAAGUUCUUUAUGAAAGACAAUUCUCCAGUAAUCCAAGAAUACCUUGCAGUGUUUUCCCACAUGAUUGCAUUCCAUGAUCCUGAGCUGAGUAAUCACCUGCAAAGUAUAGGUUUCAUCCCUGAACUCUUUGCAAUCCCUUGGUUUCUGACCAUGUUCUCACAUGUGUUUCCCCUUCAUAAGAUCUUCCAUCUAUGGGACACCCUCCUGUUGGGCACAUCGUCUUUCCCUCUGUGUAUAGGAGUAGCAAUUUUACAGCAGCUCAGAGCAAGCUUACUCAUUGCUGGUUUCAAUGAGUGCAUCCUUCUCUUCUCAGACAUGCCUGAGAUUGACAUAGAGAAAUGUGUGAGGGAUUCCAUCCGCAUCUUUUGCAACACUCCCAAGAGUGCCACCUAUAGGAAGUAUGCACACCCGCCCAAGAAGGUAGAUCGGAUAACGGCAACGUCUCAGAUCAAACCUGUCUCGUACUACAGCACAGACUACCACGAUCAGCCUAGAUCGGAACUGUCAAGAGAAGCCCUUUCGCAGAAAGACCUGAAAGAAGAAGUGGCUCCUCGAAUCUCUGCUGAAGAUCUUCUUGAACUCUGUGACCUUCGUGGCUCCAACUCUUCUCAUAGUCCAACCAAGAAGAAUAAGAACAGCAAGCCAAUCAUCCUCAUCGUUGACAUCCGGUCUAGUGACGACUUCUCAAGAGGACAUAUACCAGCCAGUGUGAACAUUCCAUUCAACUCGGCUUUCUCACCCGAAGGGGACUUGAUCCCCUGUCCUGCAGUGACGCAGCUGUAUAACCACAGGGGCAGGGUGGUGACGGUGGUAGGACACAAGGGAAAGAAUGCACCCAAUUUUGCAAGAGAGCUGGUCAAGCUUGGCUUCAGCAAGGUAUGUGUGAUGCAUGGUGGGAUCGAUUGCCUCCGCUCGACUGGACUCCUCACCGUCUCUUCACCCGACCUUUGACCCGAUCCUGUCUCCGUAGUGCGAGCAACUUCACGGCCUGUGACGGUAAAGCAAUAGUGAGAGAAAUUUGUCGUAGUAUCCAAAAUAUUCAUCAACAAUGACCUCUUUACAUUUGUAUUGUGUAUAUGAAAUAAAUUCUGAUAUAUACGUAUUGGGUUAAAUUCUGAUAGCCAUGGUUUAUUAAAACUUGGGUUAACUUACACCACAGUUUUAUGGAGUGCCACUUCUUGUCAACUUAUUCACCAAUUAACAAUUAUUCCUAUCCUACUGCAAAAAUGUUAUUAAUCAAAAAAAUGUUAAGUCCCGAAAUAUUACAAAUAUCAAAAUGCAGUACUCUAAUUAAUUCUAAUUGAUGUGUAUAUUUUAAUUGCCAUGAAUAUGGAAGCCAUGGAAUACUAUGAAGCCAGCAUUCUAGUUAGACUGGGAUUAAACCUAGGUAUAAUUACCAGUAUACCACCCAUUAUGUAUUAGACACACCAUCGUUAUUUGCAUCAGUGUAGAGAAAUUACACAUCUCAUCAAAAUUAUUCUACUGCAUUGAAAAACCAUUACUGUGAAAAUAGAUUUUUUUUCUUUACAGAUUUAAAAUGAUACUCCAGGCUGAAAAUGAAAGUGUGUAAUAAAUGAAAUUCAACGAGCAAAAUGCUGAAAAUUUCAUCAAAAUCUGUUCGUUGAGUUAUUGAAUAUUUAAGUUUUGCAUUAUUUUGCUUCCGCUCAUUAGUACGCAAUAGAUGGGCUGAUGAUGUCAUGUCUCCAUUUUCUCUUAAUUACUUGUUUCAUUUAUGAAAUCUAAAUUAUUUCAUAUGUUUAUACAUUAUGUGCAUUAACAUUCCUCUCUUGUAGCGAAACAGGUUUCAGCAGUGAUUAUCUUGCACAAUAUUUUCAUUCUUGGAGGAUGAAAUUCAAUAAACAUAAUUCCAUUUAGUUAAGUACUAAAGAAUAUUAAGUGGAGAGAUGACAUCAUCAGCUUGCUCAUUGCAUAUUCAUCUGGACACACACAGAACACUUUCAAGAAAUAACACAAAACUUUGAAUUGCCAUAACUUUGCAUUUCCUCAUCCAAUUUUUAUGAAAUUGUCAAAUGUUUUGUCCAUUAAUUUUUUGUUGUUGAUAUUUUUCAAACCACAUGAUUUUCAGCCGGGGUACCCUUUUAAACAAUUAAAAUGGUUUAAAGAUAGAAGCUAUGCAUUGAUUAUCAGCAAGGAAUAUCAAUGACUUUAUUGACACCAAGUGGUGUCUUGGAUGUACAUGUACAACAGUACAUGUAGAUAUAUUUUUAUAGUCCCUCUUUAGUGUAUGUAUUGAUCUGCACCUGGCGCAUCUCCGACAACUCAGUUUACACGUGUUCCUAUAUCCUCUGAGGGAGGGUGCCAUGAGAUUAUGUCAUGCGUAAGGUUUUUACUGUAUUCCGAUCAAUAUCCAACAAAAUUCCAUACCACUAUUUUCAUAGAUGUAAGCAAGAAAAUCUAUUUUUUCGUCUUUUUUUUGUCUCACUAGUAAAUUGAUGGAGAGUUCAGCGAUAAUUGUCAAUAAUGUUUACCUUAUGAACACAAAAAUUUGUAUUGUCAAUUAGUCCACUUUUUCCUUGUAUCUUGCCAAUUACGUCAUGUUUGUUCAUCUUUUUUUCUUUUUUUUUUCUUAGAUGUAACUUCGCGAUUAGCUGACAUAUAAUUCUCACUAAUCCUCUUUUCUUUUACCUGUGGGUGUUUAUUUUAUUGCUAUAUAAUGUCAGUAGUUGGAUUUUCUUCACUUGUUUUUAAAAUGUAAGAAAUCAGCAUAAGUGCAUGUGGGAUCGGAUAAGAAUGAUUAUUGCUUGGAAAAAUCAACUCUCAGGAAUGAUAUAACUCUCAACAAAUACUACUGAAUUGUCAUUUAAUAGAGCAUAUUCCAAUUCAGUAUUAUAGCGCUAUAGCAAUUAGGUCUUUUCUACCUGAAUAAUUUAGCUUAAUUUAUAUUCAAACAAUCAAACACUUGGUUGGUCAUUUCAUCAAGUUGUGUUUGAACAUAUUUUGAGACGGUAACCACAACUAACAUCGUAAUUAAACCCAACAU